AUGAAAGUUGACAGACCAAACCCAAAUUUGGCUCCAAAAUUUGAAAGAUUGUAUGUUUCUCUGACAGCCAUAAAGAAAGGCUUUUUAGAGGGUUGUAGGCCUGUCAUUGGGGUAGAUGGAUGCUUCCUAAAAGGACCAUUCAAGGGCCAACUUCUUUCUGCAGUUGGAAGAGAUGGGAACUACAACAUGUAUCCAAUUGCUUUUGCGGUUGUUGAGGCCGAGACCAAAGACAGCUGGAUCUGGUUCCUUGAAACCCUGGUGUCUGAUCUUGGUACCCAUGCUAGGCAUGCUAGGCCUACAUUCAUUUCAGAUUGGCAGAAGAAGAGAUAUUGGGGGGCAUCGAGGUUGGCAUUGAAGGAACAGUUGUGGGUUGCAGCGUCUUCAUACACAAAAUAUGACUUCAAUGAUCAUAUGGAAGACUUGAAGAAGAUCAAUGAAGACACCUAUGAAUAUUUGAGUAAGAUUGAACCUAGUGGGUGGUCUAGGGCAUGGUUUAGUGACUACCCAAAGUGCGACCUGCUAGUGAACAACAUCUGUGAGUGUUUGAACUCGUACAUUGUGAAGGCUCGUGACAAGCCCCUCUUGACCAUGUUGGAGAUGAUAAGGAAGAAGCUAAUGAGGAGAUAUCAAGCUAAGAGGGAAGGGAUAGAGAAAUUAACUGGGAAGUUAUGCCUUAGGAUUGCUGCAAAGUUGGAAGCAAUUGGGUUAGAAGCAGUGGAUUGCAUUGCACAUUAUGCUAGUGAUUCGAUGUUUGAAGUUACUUGUCCGGAUAAUAAACAAUUUGUGGUAGACCUUGGUAGAAGGAGGUGUGGUUGUAAGCAGUGGGAAAUUACUAGAAUCCCAUGUCCCCAUGCAGUACUUGUUAUACUUUAUGAUUGUGGGGAACCUAAGGAUUAUGUUGAUGAAUGCUUUACUAUAGAGUUGUACAAGAAGGCACAUGCUCCAGUUAUAUAG